ACCAGAAAGAUUCCCGUUGAACGGAGCAAAGCCCUAAUUUCCGAGAAUCACAAGCGGAGGAAUCGCCAUGACAAACAGCUCGUCGCCGAAAAGGAACGAGCAAGAUCAGCCUGAAACCAGUGGCCCUGUACUCAAAUCCCUGAAAACCAAGCUCAGCAAGCCUGAAGACGCAGAAAAGAAGAAUUUGAGCAAGAAGUUCAAAGAUGUUGAGAUAAGUGUUCCAAUCGUUUAUGGCAAUAUAGCAUUCUGGCUUGGUAAAAAAGCAAAUGAGUAUCAAUCUCACAAGUGGACAGUCUAUGUACGAGGGGCUACUAACGAGGACACCAGAGGAGUGAUAAAGAAGGUUGUUUUCCAGCUUCACUCUAGCUUCAACAAUCCAACAAGAGUUGUUGAAUCGCCGCCUUUUGAGCUAUCAGAGCAAGGAUGGGGAGAAUUUGAGAUAGCUAUAACACUUCACUUCCACAGUGAUGUUUGUGAGAAGCCUCUAAGCUUAUAUCAUCAAUUGAAGUUGUACCCAGAAGAUGAGUCUACUUCCUUGUCAAUCAAGAAGCCAGUCGUAGUAGAAUCCUAUGAUGAGAUUGUUUUCCCUGAGCCUUCAGAGAGCUUUUUAGCUCGAGUGCAGAAUCAUCCUGCCGUGAACGUGCCUAGAUUGCCUGUUGGUUUAACUUUCCCUACUCCUGCUGAAGACCCAAGUGAAAGGAAGAGAGGCGACACUAAGGACCAUCCGUUAAGCCAAUGGUUCACGAAUUUUUCUGAAGCAGAUGAGCUAUUACAACUUGCUGCAGCUCGCCAACAGGUGCAAACUCAUAUUGCAAAACUCAGACGACAGAUAACCGUGAUUGAAGGGCAGCAGCAACAGUUGAAACCUUCUUCCGACCAGUAAUUCACCAUAUAUGCGCAGAAAUAUGCAAUCCUAUAAGCUAAUGUGCAUUGUUUCCCCGGCAAAGAGUUAAGAGUUUUGCAGCAGAAUAGUUGGACCAGUAAGCUAAUGUAUUAUCGAGCUUUGUCAUUCACCUGCUACCUCUUUUAUCCUCAAGUUCUUACCAGCUCACGUCUGGUCCUCUGCCUGGAAUCCAUGGAUAAUUAUAAAUGUCGUUCUGUACACUAAGAAAGAGCAGCAAUGUGCAAUGUAUCAUGUCAUCAUUAAUUGAAAAUAUUGAAUUCACUGCAGCUCCUGUAACUGCUUAGUUGUAUUUCUAGAUCGUGUUUUCACACAUGGAUGCUUGACGUUGAUGUUACACCUUGGACUUGGCACACUGAAUUGAGUGAGGUAUCGAUGCAGGAUGAGGCUAGAUAAUGCUUUUAGUUAAUAUUCUUGUUCCAGUUUGCUACAUCUUCAGGCCUAUCAGAAGAACAGACUUGUUGCUUUACGAUUUAACAUAAAAUUACAAGCCAAAGUACCAAGAAUUUCUAUUAAUAUCAGAAUACACAGAUGAUGAAGUAAAGAGAUCACCAUCUGCAAUUUUUGGGUCGUCAGAUUCACGUUCGUGGGUAGAAAAUUGUUGACUGAGGCACCUUUUCCACCUCAAUAUUAUUGCUGUGCAGAGGGUGAUUGUUGUCAGCUUUGCACAGAUAGUGUGUUUUAACCUUUUUACAGGCUUCAUGUUCUUAUGUCGAGGUGAUCCUAUGGAAGCAACAUCACCAGUAGUGUAAUUAUACAUUAGGGCCCUUCUUGAGUACUCAUAACAAGUACUUGUGACGCUUUGGAAUGGGGUCCUGAAGGUAUUGUCAUGGUCAUUUCAACACCGUUGUCACCCUUGCCCCCCCUUUGGCUCAAACCAGGUAUGCUACAACAACUUAUAUUUGACUCUCUCUAGUAUUUGUUAGUAUAAUAUACAAAAGGGCCCUUCUUCAUGUAUAUCUCUAUACGUCUGUGUUGAUUCUUCCUUUAUGAAGCUACCUAAACCACUAUCUUUCUUCCUCCAGGCAUUUUCUUGUGGAUGUCCUAAUCUCAUUAUUAAUGUUGUUCGAUUGACAUCAUCUUAAUUGUUUCUCAUGGCAUAAUAAUUGAAACCCACCUAAGAAGACUGAAGACCCGAUUGAUAGAACGAUGUUAAGUUUGUUCUUACCUGGCAAUUUGCAGUCUUGGACCCCUUUCCGGUGUUUCUUCUGACUAGCAUCCUUACAUCCCCAUGUGAGUUCAUGGUUUAGUUUUUCUCUCUUUACACUGUCAAGUCAUCACCGUAGUGAGUUGAUUGUAGGAAGAAUUUCUUGGUCACAACUUCUGUUGAAUUACUAUCAAGCUAUAAGACUCUGGUUUUUGGAAAGCAGAUUAAGAGAAAAUAAAAAUAAAAAGAGGAAUAACAGUACAAGGUCAUGCAUUAAUGAUCUCUUAGCUUCAUCUCUCAGUGCAAUGAUUAUGGGACCUCAAUGUCUAGUACGAACUAAGUGGGCAGGACAACUGCAAUGAGGGGAUGAAAGAGAAUCUAGGAAAAAAUAUCUUGACAGGUCUCCUCCCAUUUUGAAGUAGGAAGUUACAGUUUGGAAAUAGGGAAAUAUGGGUAGUUGAGAAUUUCUUGCUAUUUGAAGGUAGUUGAAACUGAAAUUGCAUGCUCCUUACAAAGUUGUCCUUUGCAGGCAAAGGUAACAUGGCCUUCAUGUGCUGAAGGGGAAAAAUGGCAGGAGGGUCUCUUUCCAACUAUAAUGGAGGGGAAAUACCUCAGCUUCCUCUGGGCUCAGCAGCACAACUCAUUUCUGUGAGAAAUGGUGGGCCUUUCCAGUCCCCCUCCUACUACAUUCAUUCGUUGUCUAUUCCUGCAGUCAAUCUGAUUCACUUAACGUGGGAAAGGUAGAGCCUUUCUUCAAGACAAGGACCAUCAGGGUAAUUUUUCGUCGACACUGUUAAUCGUACUCUUAGCUGUAUAAGCAAUAGGAACUGAUUAUUUCCCGCGUCGUUGUCAUGGUACUAGGACUACAUGCAUCUCUUGAGUACCUGGGGAUAGAAUUUUGUCAAUAUACUACUUAUUGUCUUUGCAGUACAUGAUUGGAAAUGGCAUGUUAAUGGUUUGCCUCUCAGUUGGUGAACCCUUCAGAACUUAGAUGAUUCUUAUGGAUAACAGUAACUAUGGUUAAGUAUUGGUGUCAUUUUGGUGAAUCUAUUGCAGAAGGCCAACAAUAUCCAGAGAAAAUGAUGUAGGCAUUGAAUAUAUAAGCAUAUUUGUGGGGGCACUCACACAGGGACUUGUAGUGAGGAAAAACAAAAAAUAAAGAUGACAGAAACAUAUCAAAGCUUUAAAUCUUUUAGGGUAUUUGCAGAUCAAUCUUCUCAGCCUCAGAACAUGGAGGCCUGCAAGUCUGUUUCUGAGAUGGAGCCACAGUGCUCGAGAGUGAGAAUGAAUUAAUGAUAUUGAUACCAGUGGUGCUCAUUUUAAGCAGUUUUUAUUUCAUUCUGCAGAUUUUUGUUGGUGUUCAUUUUGUUUUGUGAUUUGGAUUUUGGACCACAUGGCAAGUCUAGCCUGCAAUUGUUGACACUUUGGGUUUUUUCUUUUAAAUCUCUUGCAAGUGGCAGCCAACAUCGCUCUUCUGGAUAUAAUUAAGGAUGACUUGUAUGGUUGUUGUUGUGUCUGUUUCAUCCCAUAUCCAUUUGUUUUCUCCAUUGUAGAGUUCUGGUCUGGCUGCAUAAGGUCAUUUGAUGAACAGUCUUUGUGAAUGUUGAUUCCUUUUUGUUUCUUAGUUGCUUCCUCUCACAUUAUGGUGUGCUAUAAAUGCUGAGAUAAUAUAUAACUAGUUAGCCAGCCGGCAUUCAGUUGUCUGAAACCCAUUAUUCAAUAUGUGACAGAAACGACCCAGGAAAGAGAGGCUGACCUCAUGGAUGGAUUAAAGGGCUCACAGUCUUAGUUGUCACACAAGGAGAUUAGAUAAAGAUUGAAGUACCAAAGUAUAUGGAUAACCUCUGGAUUUCGAACAAGCAAUAGAGAAUGCUGAAAGCAAUUUGGGACGACAAAGAGGUACAAAGACAGCUUAGCUUUGUAUAAUUGGUCUGCAAUUUGAAAAAAAGUGUUUUGAAGGAU